CCGCCAGGAACCCGGAUAAAGAAGUACACAGGUCCCUGUCACCGCUCGCAGCCGCUGCACUGCAGACAUGGCUCUGCCACCCUUUUUCGCCCAGAGCCGUCAGGGACCGCCGCCGCCGCAGCCGCCGCCUUCCGCUCCGUUCGGAUGUCCGCCCCCGCCGCUGCCCUCUCCGCCUUUCCCGCCGCCUCUUUCCCAGCGACCCGGGCCCUUCCCGGGGGCGUCCGCCCCCUUCCUCCAGCCUCCGCUGGCUCUGCAGCCCCGCGUGCCAGCCGAGGCCUCCCGCGGCGGCUUCUUCCCGGUGCCCCCGCCGCCGCCGCCGCAGUGCCGGCCCUUCCCGGGGCCCGACGCCGUCGAGCGUCCACGGCCGCCGCCUCCAGGCCCGGGGCCGCCCUGGAGCCCGCGCUGGGCCGAGGCGCCGCCGCCGCCCGACGUGCUCGGAGACGCGGCCCUGCAGCGCCUGCGGGAUCGGCAGUGGCUGGAGGCGGUGUUCGGGAACCCCCGGCGGCCGGGCGGCCUCCGGACCCCGCGAACACCCGCCGGGCCCAGCCUGGGCGAGGUACGCGCGCGGUUGCGUGCCGCUCUGCGUCUGGUGCGGCGGCUACGCAGCCUGGGGCAGUCCCUGCGCGAGGCCGAGGCCGACGGAGCGGCCUGGGCCGCCCUGCACGCUCAGGCGGCGCCACUGCAGGCGGAGCUAGCGGAGCGGCUGCAGCCGCUGACCCAGGCGGCCUAUGUGGGCGAGGCGCGACGGAGGCUGGAGAGGGUCCGGCGCCGCCGGCUGCGGCUUCGUGAGAGGGCCCGGGAACGUGAGGCUGAGCGGGAGGCGGAGGCCGCGCAGGCCACGGAACGGGAGCAGGAGAUUGACCGCUGGAGGGUGAAGUGCGUGCAGGAGGUGGAGGAAAAGAAGCGGGAACAGGAACUCAAAGCAGCUGCUGAUGGGGUCUUAGCUGAAGUAAGGAAAAAACAAUCAGACACCAAAAGAAUGGUGGACAUUCUGCGUGCUUUAGAGAAACUGAGGAAGCUGAGGAAAGAAGCUGCAGCCAGGAAAGGGGUCUGUCCUCCUGCAUCAGCAGAUGAGACUUUUGAGCACCAUCUUCAGCGGCUGAGAAAGCUCAUUAAAAAGCGCUCUGAACUGUACGAAGCUGAAGAGAGAGCCCUCCGAGUUAUGCUGGAAGGAGAACAGGAGGAAGAGAGGAGAAGAGAACUGGAAAAGAAGCAGAGAAAAGAGAAAGAGAAGCUUCUACUUCAGAAACGUGAAAUUGAGUCCAAGUUAUUCGGGGAUCCAGAUGGGUUCCCCCUCGCUCACCUCCUGCAGCCCUUCCGUCAGUAUUACCUCCAGGCCGAGCAGUCCUUGCCUGCGCUCAUUCAGAUCAGGCAUGACUGGGAUCAGUACCUGGUUCCGUCUGAUCAUCCUAAAGGCAGCUCCAUUCCCCAAGGAUGGGUCCUUCCUCCGCUCCCCAGCAAUGACAUCUGGGCAACUGCCGUUCAGCUGCACUAAGACGCUCCAGGAGUGUGGUCCAGCGGGCAAGCACCACAGCUCUACAUAUGGAGAUGCUGUUGUCUCACGCCGUAGUCUUCUGCACAACUUAAACUCUAUGCGGCAUUGUCCUGGCUGGAAAGCCUGCCUCCUUUGUUCUCUGCCCUGGGCCGGGUGCCUCUAGAGCCAGGAGAUUCAUGAGGUUCUUGUAGAUGAGCUGAGGCUGUUAGCGUGGGCUGUGUCCUUGGUUCACUCAAUCUGCCUCUGUUUUGAGGGGCUUGGUUCAGUGUGGCCUGCUCGUUUGCUGUGUUCGUUGUGUGUGGUGGGUAAGUUCAGGCAGCACUCUUGGUUACUUAGCAGCCACUCUUAUCUUCCCAGGAGCACUGGUCAGAGUCUGACCUACAGCUCUGUUGUUCCCAGUUAUGGUGCAGUGUAAGAGGCUGCUACCGAGGAUGAUGGGACAGCAGCUGCCAGGAUCACUGAUGGCUUAGAACGGUUGUCAUGUGGAAAGCUUAGAAAACUUGAAGAGUUAGCAGAGACAGGUUGGCUUGUGCUCUGACAGACAGCGCCUGUUUUCCUCAUGAAAGUGCCAGUGCAAACGUUCUGAGGGAUCUGGUUGUAUGGGACCUCCAAGAAUAGAAACUUAUUUCCCUGUGGGACCGUAAUCUCAGUCACAUGGUAGGGGUUGGUAGCUCAAGCUUCUAAAAACAUCCAUGUGGUAAAAGUUGGGAAAAGAGCAAAUGUGAAUGAAAAUAUAAAAAUUUUAUUUUUAUAUUCAUUAAUAAGUGCUGUUGUGCUUGGACAUGAUCAGUCAUGUGACAGAUCAGUCAUGUGACAUACUUUUUGUUUUGCUUUAUUCUGGGUUUUGUUAUUUAAUUUCCUAAAAGCUGAAUAAAUACCAUUUUUGCUUUUUUGUUUGAA